CUACCGACCAAGGAAUAUUAGAACAUGCUUUUUUCCAAGAGUCAGCGUAAUGCGGGCAAUAUACUGAAAUCCCGCACCCUGAACCCGACCAGUACAAGAUUUUCCAAUUGGCUCCGUAUAGUUCGACAGAGCAGUGAUACUAGAUUCUAAAAGCAACCGGGGCUGCCGGGACUAUCCGGGUCUUCUAGGCGUCGAUAUUUGACCGCUGUUAGGUUACAUUUGCCGUGAAAGCGAGAGGAGACAGAGCUUGAACGUUGGUAGAGUAGGAUCGCAUGGGACCAGUAGGCCGGCACAGGGGAAGAGGGAGAGGCAGGGGGAGGGGGGCCCCUUCUCGCUCCGCAUGUCCCACAUGCUCACCCCACAAGAGCUCCUCUCGCUGGGCGGUUCAGCCAGCGCCACUGCUGGUAGCACGGGUACUGGCAUGGGCACUGCUACUGUUACAGAUGCACGUGCUGGAGGCAAGAAAGUCAAGGGCGUGGAGAAAUCAGCCAUCAGGAACAACGGCAGUGGCAGUGCUGGUGGUCUGGCCGGUGCAGGAAGUGCAGGGGGCGGCAAGCCGCUCAAAUUCUCCUAUGAGUGGCCGGCAAUGGGCGUUCCGGGCGGCAAGUGGGUGGCUGACCAUGCACUGCCUUGGGCUGCAGCUGCGGAUAAAGAGACGGAUAAGGACAAGAAGGAGGAGGGGGUGGAUGCAUGGGAGGGGUUUAAGUGGCGGUUGAAGGAGCAGUGGGAGAGGGUGUGUGAGGAGGACUAUGAGCCGCUGCUCCGAUUGAGGCAGGAGGGAGGCGGCAGCAGCAGUUUCAGCAGUGGUGGCGGCAGUAGCGCUGGCAAGAGUUGUGGACCGAACGGAAAGCAUGGGGCUAAAGAGCUGGGGAAGAGGAAGAGGGGGAAGAAUGGUUCAUCAGCGGUGGCUGGAUCAGCAGCUGUGUCAUCUUUGGGGGAAGCUUUGGCGCCAGUGGAGCAGACAAAUGGGUUUGUGAGCGACCAUCAGCAGCAGUUCUUUUCCCUCUGCACGUCAUACUCGGACGUGCUUCACUCUCGCCGCCCGUGCGCUCAGUCCAAGUUUGGCACGCCGCUGGAUGCACAGGCCAUCACGGAUGCCUACCUGCUGCACGCGAUGCCCACUUAGCAUGUGCUGCAUCCCUGUAUGU